AUGGCGCUGGCACCACGUUUCGCAGGCCAGAAGCUGGCUUCCAGCUCGAUCCAACCCAAAGCUGUGCACACGCUAGAGCUGUACCUCGACUACGUCUGUCCCUUUAGCGCAAAGCUCUUCAAAACCGUCUACUCCUCUCCCCUCCGCGACACGCUACUUAAGAAAUACGGCGACCACGUUGUCACCAUAUUUCGCCAGCAAAUCCAGCCCUGGCACCCAUCCUCCACGCUCACGCACGAAGCCGGGUACGCCGUACUCAAACUUUCGCCCGACAAGUUCUACGAGUUCUCGGAGAAGCUGUUCGAGCGGCAGAAGGAGUUCUUUGAUGUUAGUGUUGUGAAUGAGACGAGGAAUAACACGUAUAAGAGGUUGGCGAAGAUUGCGGGCGAGGUCGGUGUGGAUGAGGCAAAGGUUUUCGAGUUGUUGAAGAUUAGCGACAAGCCGGGAGAGGACGGGAGCUUGAAUAGCGGGAACGGGGUUACAGAUGCGGUGAAGUUGCAGGUUAAGGCGAAUAGAUUGGUAGGAGUGCAUGUUACGCCGACGGUCGUGUUUGAUGGUGUCGUGAACAAUGACAUCUCGAGUAGUUGGACAAAAGAACAGUGGGAGGAGUGGCUGGAGAAGAAUGUGGUGUGA